AUGGUAUCUCCAAUUAGCUGCCUAUCAAUCUUGGUAAUCCCCUUACUAGUCACCUCGCUUUUCUACCAAGUUUCUAAUGCAGUAAACGAUACCUAUCUUGAUAGCAUUUGCCACAAAUCCACGGACUAUGAGUUGUGUUCAUCAACUUUUGCUGCAGACAAUCGUACUUCUACAGCUGAUCUAAAUGUUCUUCUCAUCAUUUCUUUUUCUUCAAACAUGAAUCUAUUAGAAACUACCAUUGUUAAUCGAAUCCCAAAAAUUCUUGAAAUACUCGAAGACCCACAGGAUAAGGCUCUACUUCAGACUUGCCAAACCCAUUUUACUGAUGCACUAGGGAAAUUGAGUGGUGCAUACUUGGCUACGAUUUCAAAGAAUUAUACAAAAGCGACAAAUUUAGCUAUGGAUGCAGCUUUAAUAAAUGCAGAUUGUGAAACUGAAUACAAUACGAGCAAACGUCGAUCUCCAAUUGCAGAUGUCCCUAGCAAAGUGGGGAGGCUAGCCUUCAUUAGUUUCGUUAUAAUUGAUGAGAUCCUAUAA